CAGCCCGGAAGCCUCACUCUCUCUCUAUUUGUGUGUUCAGGCAGAGCUCACCCUCUCGUUUAUCCCUUGCAACACAUUCCCACCACCCCACCCCUCUUCUUUGUGGGUCAGUGAUGCAGCAGGAGUGACGCAGCAGUGUCAGGGCCUCAUCGGCCUCCAGACGGGCAGCGUCUCAGGAGAGGACUGGAGACAGAAUCUGUGUGCCCAGGCUGGGCCCAGACACACACCGGCAGCCAGCCACCAGUUAACAGAGGAGAAGGUUGAAGGGAAGAAUCUCCAAGCAAUUAUUCAAGAGUGAAAGAAGAAUUCGUCACAGAAAAUGGCAACAAUGAAUCAGCAGAUGACGGUGGCGUCUCCCUGCACCCAGGGCUUGGUGGACAGCUCCCAUCCCCAGGCGCUCCUCAGCAGGCUCAAUGAGCAGCGCUCCCAGGGCCUCUUCUGUGAUGUCACCAUCGUGGUGGAGGAUGUAAAGUUCCGGGCCCACCGGAACAUCCUGGCUGCCUGCAGCGGAUACUUCCGCAGCGCCUUCACCUCCCCUGAGGUGUGGACUUCCAGCCAGGUGCUGGAGCUCAUGGACCUGAGGUCUGAGGUGUUUGCCAGCAUCCUCAACCUCAUCUACUGUUCCAAGGUGACAUCAUCACCUAGCACUGAGGACACUAGAUGCCUGAUGGCAGCUGGAAAAAGACUGGGGAUUCCCUUCUUAGAGAAACUAGUGGAACAAGACAGGCAGGAGUCAGGAGGGCCAAAGAUCCAGACCUCAACCAACCCUGUUAAGACCACAGGCCGUAGUAAGGCCCGUGGGCCCCGUAAAGCGAAGGAGAAGACCUCCAGGCCGGAUCAGCCAGACAGUGCAAGAGGCCCGCGGAUCACCAAUGCUUUCUCUAUCACUGAGGUGGGUCCUGGGAAUAACCUCUUCACCCCACUAGACCUGCACAGUGGGAAGAGGCAGUCACCUGACCUUGGACAGACCCCAGCGGGCUGCCCUGCCCCCUUCCCCCUCGCGGUGGACAAUGAGCCCAUGCAGGCGCUGUCGGAGCACUCCUACGCAGUCAUCAGCCAGGAACCCAGGGCCCCUGAGUACAGGGCUGACAACCAGGAGGACAACAAGAAGGGCACCAAACCCACACAGUCCCAAUCAAGGCAACUGACCAACAGGAAUAGUGGCCCACUCAAAAAGCGACACAGACUACGAGCCGCUUUGAAUAAAAGCACACCUCCAACACUGGCUGUAGCACUUGAACCUGUGCAUCCUACUGGAAGCAGCCGGGCAUUAAUUAAGCCCACUGUACAACCUGUGGGAACGUCACCCCCGUCAUUAUACCCGCAGACAGAUGUGCAUACAAGCAGGGCCAAUGAGCUGCCUCUAGCCAUGGAUAAUGGCUACAGGGAACUGGACCCACCUCCACUUUCACCCCACACAGAAGAUAGCAUAUCAAUCUAUGGCUGUGAGCACUGUCCAGAGAUAUUCACCAAUAAAGCACUUCUCACAGUACACACAGAAAUGCACAAAAAAAGGUUUGUCAGUCAUUUGUUUUGCAAGUUCUGUCGCAGGAAGUUCAUGCAUUUGAAGCGGUUGCGGAACCACGAGACGGUGUGCCCGAAAGCACAGAGGGGCUCGCCUGAACACGAGCCCCAAGGCAAAGAGGACGGAGCAGACCAUUAUUCAGACAGCAUGCCAAGCAUGGACAAUACAGUAACUAAUGUCCAGUUAUCUCUUCCUGAACUCCUUGACCCUUUCCCUCCAACUAGCCUCCAAAUGAACCCCACCUCAAAAACACUGCAGGCUGUAGAUAGGUUAGUGAAACCUAGUGGAGGCCAGAGGGUCUAUAACUGCAGUGUGUGUAAACGGGCAUAUGUGACCAUCUCCAGCCUGAAGCGCCACGAGAAUGUGCACUCCUGGCAGAGGGCGUACCCCUGUCACUACUGCAAUAAAGUGUUUGCCCUAGCCGAGUAUCGCACCAAACACGAGAUCUGGCACACAGGUGAGCGUCGCUACCAGUGCAUCUUCUGCUUAGAGACCUUCAUGACCUACUACAUCCUAAAGAACCACCAGAAGGCCUUCCACGGAAUCCAUCCCAGAUUGUCUGUGAAUAAGAAGUCAGCAAAUGGUGGAUUUAAGGGCAGCGUUUACCCCGUCAAACUCUACAGGCUUCUGCCUAUGAAGUUUAGAAAGAGACGGUACAAGACUUACAGUCAGACCUAUUCAGAGGAGCUGCAGGGCAGCGAGCAGGCCCCACUGGGAUGCAGCUCUCCCAUCCUUCCAUUUGAAGAUGUUGGCGCUAUGGGUAAGCAAGAUGCUGCUUUAUUCUCAAUGCCUGUGACAUUCAUGGCCACUCCAAAAGUGGUAGCAUCAGUAAUGCCACGCAUCAGUUUUGAUCAGCCCUGUGACCAAGAUGUAGACCAAGAUGCAGACCAAGAUGCAGGCACAGGAAAACAGGCCUCUCACUCCGAACAUAAUGGGCCUCCAUAUAGCUAUACAACCCCCUUGGCCAUAAUGCAGGCAGGUGGGGAGUCCCCUGCACUGGACUAUGGAGAUGGUGCCGCAUUCCAAGGGUUUAAGAACCCGGAGGGCAACAGUCAUAAUCUACCGUUCCUAAAAAUCAACCCACCCAGCUCUCUGAACAGGCUAUGUGAGCUCUCAGCUGCAGCACAGAAAAUUGAAGCCAUGACCAGUCAGCUUUUUAUGCCAGGGGCUGAGAGCCUGGCACCUAGCAAGACUGCAGGGGGGGAAACUGAAACAUACAUUGCCACGCCUGCGUGUCCAGGUCCCUCCGUGGAUGGUCAUGUUCUGCCACUCUGCCAGAUCACAGUGAAAAUUGGCAACGAGGCCAUCAUUCACCGGAGGAUCAAGGGCUCCAAGCUGUUCCCCAGGAAGAGGAAAAUAAGCAGCGGGAGCCAGGUAGAGGAGAGGUGUCGGGACCAGGGCCGGCCUGCAGAGGGCAGCAUGGAGAGCUCCAGCCUCCGCUUCAGGACAGAGGUCACUUCUGUCAUAGAGCCAGAGCCAUGCGAUGACCACACUGACCGUGACACAGCUGACAAGCUCUGGCGUCCCUAUUACUCUUACAAACCCAAGAAGAAGAGUAAGAAACUGAGAUCCAAACACAGAAAAGAGAUAUGUCGUCUACGCUAUUCCAUGACAUCCUCAAUAGUGCCCAGGGCCAGAAAAGACUACGUGGAUAAAGGAUGCAGAAGCGCUGAAGAGAGCAUCUCCAGCGAGGGCACAGAGCUGAAACAACGUCUCAGAAACACCAGCCCAAAGACGACGUACACCUGUGACAUCUGUGCAAGCACCUUCAUAACGGCAUCGGGUCUGAGAGCACAUGUCAUUGGCUGCCACCCAACUUUCUGUCGGACCUGCGCAAAGCAGUGUCCCCCCAGGGAAACCUCCAGUGCCAGCUGCGACGCCACUGAGGACAGCAGGGAUUACAUAUGCAAGAGCUGUAUGGAAAAUGGCUCCUGCUUUGACAACUGUGCCCGCAGCUCCAGCACAGAGAAGCGGUAUCGCUGCUCCUUCUGCCCCCAGCGCUUCCUCUACCUCGCAACCAAGAAGAGCCAUGAAAAAAAACACAAGGAGACAGCAGGAAAGGUGUACAGCAACGACGACUACCCCACAGUCCCAAAAUGGCCAGCAACUUUGGACUUAGGCCUAAAUCUGAAAAAGCUUGUCAUCAAAACAGAGGAAGGGGAGGAUCAAUAUAGCAUCGACAAGGAGAGCAAAGUGCCAGCGGGAUCACUAGGCAGGCUCUCAACAGAGGAGCCUAAGCAUGAGGAAUGGGAGGACACAGGUCACUACAUGUCAGUGGUGCCCAAAAAAGAACAUCCAUUUAGAAUAAACAGUGAUGGACACUAUCAGAAAGAGAGAAACUCCAACAUGAAAACUCCAAUGUCACCCCCCUGCACUGACACCUUUUCUCUUUCCCCUUCAGAAAAGCAGUAUAGAAAGUCUAAAAAGUGCUUUGAACACAAAUGGCAACAUCAGAAAAGCCUCACUUCCAAAAGGCAGAAGCAAGUAGACUUUAUGGGUAGAGAGACACCCAGUCAAAAGGCCCCUCUGACCACACCAGGAGAAGACAGUCAUUUUAGCUAUGGGCAGUCUUCUUCUACACAUCUGAAAAGAGAUUCCGUCACUAGGGGAACCACUCGCUCCUCGCCCAAGUCAGAGAAGUGUACAUACAAUGUAAAGAGGAGUCCUUUUUACAAAGAUAAUACUUAUCAUUCAGGAGGGAAAUACUUUUAAGUGACUAUAUGCCUAUGCAAUAAGUUGCAGACCAACAGUAAAAUACAUAUGUCAAUAUGCUGUGCUUGAUAUAGGUUAGUUUGCCCAAAAUAAUGGACCCAAACUAAAUCAAGCGCACCUCAAGUACUUUGAAAACAUAAUUGGACUAUUAUGUUCUUGACCCGGGUCUGGAAAAACCGAUAUAAUAAGUUGCCAAUGAACAGCAGAUAUUGAAUGAGGACCUAACUGACAUCUAUGUAAAUUGCAUUUUCUUCAUUCUUAUAACACAAAUCUUUAAAAAAAAAGGGGGGAUUUAUUUUUGUACUUUUUUCUUUGCUUUUUGAGACUUUCAUAAUGAUUGUGCUGUCCAUAUUCUAUACAUAUGCUAACUGUGCAUAGUUAUUUACACUUUAUAAUAAUUCAAAUUUUUGACUUUAUAGGCUACCAUUCAUAUAAAUAGUCUGUCCACCACUUUGGUAGUGUCAUUACCACUGACAGCACCACAUGCACCAUCAUAAUGAAUGAGAAUCCCCAUGUGUGUCUUUCAAAAUAAUAUACAUGACGUGUUACAAAGUUGACAGACUGACAAGUUGACAAAAUGCAGUUUGUGUGUCAGAGGGAAUAACUCAUGAAUGAACAAGUAGAUCAUGACAAGAGGAGAGCACACAUGCCUGUUUUGAUAUUCACGUGUCUUGGGUAAUAUAGAUAAAUAAACAAUCAACCUGUCUGGAAUUGCCAAGAAGAGCUGUUUAUGCUACAUUCUGGAAUUAAGAGGACUAAUUAUUGCAUGGCACACACACACCCUCCUGUUGUUGGAUUAAAUAAGUACACAGGAUAUGGAGCCAGAUAGCUACCAAAAGGUUGAAUGUACGUAUCGUGACAAAAUCCAGACGUAAAUCGUUCGGGUCGUAAGAAAAGCCAUGCGCUUUUUUACUAUUUUGCCAGCGCAAGUCUAGAUAGCACUAGCUGUAUUACGCCACAACAGUGAAGUUUCAGUCCGCUAGGUGUAUCUCCACAGCAUGGGCAUAUCUCUGGGUGACGUGGACAUCCCCAUGCAUACACCUUAUCAACAUAUGACUAAUACAAUAUUGCACCAUGCACUUCUCUGGGCUCCAUCUGCAUUCAUAAACAGUAGUAUAUACCAGGAGUAAUGAAACACAGAAUAAUAAUAGCUGUUUGGUGAAUCAAUUAAUUAAUUAUGAUCACUGGAGUGGUAUUAUGAAAUGUAUUUCAUCACUUAAAAUCUUGCCAAAGCAUAUUCUGUAGGAAGGGUUUAUAAUUUGACAUGACUUAUAUGAAUUUGGUCAUGGACAUAUGGACUUUGAAAUGAACAAGUGAGAGGUUAAACGUAGGCGGAGUCUGGCAUAAGCUUAUUCCCACACUUUACAAUAACACUGUUGCAGUGGUCUUAGAUAGUUUCCUUAUAGGCUUUUCCCUCCAUAACAACACUGCUGCCCAGUUGAUCUCCAUUGAUUUAAGUCGUCCUUCAUUCACCUUAAUUCAGUCAGUAUGUCAUCCAUGUAAUUUUAGGUACUGGUGUCUUGUGGAAUAAUUGUAGAACUAUUUGAAUUGUAUAACUGUUUUUAAUUAUAGGCCUCCCUUUAAGAAGAGACCCCAACUCACAGGCCUCUAAAUAAAUGUUAAACAAAAUAGUUGAAGAAGCACAUACAGUGGCUGAUAGGGAAAACAGAUCUGGGAAUAAGAAUAGGCUAUUUGGGACGCCUUGGCUAUUUCGCUCAGGACAGGUUAUAGCGAAGACUCAAUCAAUAUUUUGUUUUGUCUCAUUUAUUAAUAUGGAUAUAGCCUCUGCGUGAUGGGACUGUGCAACGCAAACGGCUAUAACAAGCCUACAUACAGUGGAAUUCGCAUAAGGCCUACAGUCCGUGCUCCCAAAUAGUGGAAAAAAAAUGUGAUUAAUUAGGUUAAACGUAUUUAUUUGUAUUUUUAUUUUACUAGGCAAGUCAGUUAAGAACAAAUUCUUAUUUACAAUGACGGCCUAGGAACAGUGGGUUAACUGCCUGUUCAGGGGCAGAACGACAGAUUUGUACCUUGUCAGCUCGGGGGGUUUGAACUUGCAACCUUCCGGUUACUAGUCCAACGCUCUAACCACUAGGCUACCCUGCCGCCCCGAUGAUCACCACAGUAGCCCCACGUGGCUAUAAACAUGUAUUAUGCAAUUAUAAGGCCAUUAAAUAACACGGCAUAUUUAGAUAGUGGAAUAGGCUUAGCCUAAAUCAUAUUUACUUUCUAUUUUGCAGCUCAGGUGGUUAUUCUAGACAAGGCUCUUCUGUGUCUUUAUGGUAUCAUUCUCACACAAGUCAUUUGCUGAAGGCCCAAGCCUAUACUACGCCAUCUACUGGUAUAACGUCGUUAUCGAAUGCCGUUCUAAGCAAGCUUUAGACUUUUAUUUUGGAAAUGAAACCGGAUGCUGCAAAGCUACUCUACAUCUGGGCUAGAGUUGCUUGAUUGAAUAGCUAACUUCAACUAGCUACAAUCGGUUCAUGUGUUUUGCAGAUGCCACAUUCCUGACAAAAGUUUGUACAUAUAAAAAAUAUCUGUAACCGAGUAAAGGGAGACUUCAAGUAAGAAUUGAAAGUAUAAAUGUUAAUUCAUAGUUGUAACAGAAUGUGUACAUUUACAGAUCUAAUUUAAGGGUUAGGUUUCAUGUUUCACACAUGGCUUUUCUUUUGAUCCCAACAAUUUACGUAUGGAUUUUCUUACGAUCUUAAUUAUACAUACAUUCAACCUUUUGGCAGCUAUCUGGCUCCAUAACAGGAGGCCAUAAUUGGUAAGUCCUUGCACUGAUGCAGAGUUUGCAGCUCUUACUUUCAUAAGGCAAUUAGAAAUAAAAACAAAUCUA